CCCUUGAAGAUCUGCCAAGGUGACUGUGAUAAGGACAGUGACUGCGAAGGAAGUCUAAAAUGCUUCAUGAGAGAUGGAGGUGAGGCCGUACCCGGUUGCAGUGGAGGUGAGGACGUGGCCAGUCGUGCGGACUUUUGCUACGAUCCAAUGCCCACUACUUCUCCUGUCGCAAUGGCCACUACUUCUCCUCCCACGUCUUCUCCUGUUACAAUGGCCACAUCAUCUCCUGUUGCAAAACCCACAUCAUCUCCUGUUACAAAGCCCACAUCAUCUCCUGUUGCAAAACCCACAUCAUCUCCUGUUGCCAUGCCCACGUCUUCUCCUGUUGCAACGCCCACUGCUGGGGGACCCAGUGUGGUAGUUGUUGGAGACAAUGGUACACCCUCAUCUGCUUUUCCCUUGAAGAUCUGCCAAGGUGACUGUGACAAGGACAGCGACUGCGAAGGAAGUUUAAAGUGCUUCAUGAGAGAUGGAGGUGAGGCCGUACCCGGUUGCAGUGGAGGUGAGGACGUGGCCAGUCGUGCGGACUUUUGCUACGAUCCAAUGCCCACGUCUUCUCCUGUUGCAAUGCCCUCUGCUGGGGGACCCAGUGUGGUAGUUGUGGGAGACAAUGGUACACCCUCGUCUGCUUAUCCCUUGAAGGUCUGCCAAGGUGACUGUGAUAAGGACAGUGACUGCGAAGGAAGUCUAAAAUGCUUCAUGAGAGACGGAGGUGAGGCCGUACCCGGUUGCAGUGGAGGUGAGAGUGUGGCCAGUCGUGCGGACUUUUGCUACAAUCCAAUGCCCACUACUUCUCCUGUCGCAAUGGCCACUUCUUCUCCUGUCGCAAUGGCCACGUCUUCUCCUGUU